UUUUYCCAAAAUAAACGAACUUCAUUCAAAUGAAGAAGCGGAGAAGAGGAAAGACAAGAUGCUAUUCUUUCCACCCCGGUUUUCUAUCUCCCUUAACUCUCCUCAUUUUUUCGUCUCUCCCGCCUACACCUUUGCCCUGACAGCCAGCACCGUCGCCACCGCCUGCGGCAGCAGCAGCAACAACAACCACAACUGCAUCAGAAAAUCCUUGAGAGUCUCUAUGUCUACUUCUUCUUCAACCCCUUCACAUUCCGUUGUUCAUUCCAAAGACGACACUCAAGAGCAGCUCUUAAGCCAGGUUCUGAAUUACCACAACCAGACCAAACACGCCUUCAACAAAUACGCGAGAGGCCCUCACGGCCUUGACUGGGCCAAUCAGCCUAACCCGUUUCGCCGCUAUGUCUCCUCUCCUCUCCUCCCUCUCCAGCACCUCCCUCCACAACAACGCUCACCAGACAACACUGACCCUCUUUACUCCUCUCUCUUCCACUCUCUCCCCUCCCCAAAACCCAUCUCUCUAUCGACGCUUUCUCAAUUCCUCUACGACUCUCUCUCGCUUUCCGCCUGGAAAACCACCGGAUACUCCACUUGGUCUCUCCGUGUAAACCCUAGCAGCGGCAAUCUUCACCCUACCGAAGCCUACGUCAUUGCUCCCCCCAUCGAUUCUCUCUCUGACUCCCCAUUUGUUGCCCAUUAUGCCCCGAAGGAGCACUCCCUCGAGCUUCGAGCUGUAAUCCCAUCUGAUUUCCUGCCCAAGUUCUUCCCCGAAGGCUCCUUCCUUGUUGGGAUCACUUCAAUUUUCUGGCGUGAGGCCUGGAAAUAUGGAGAACGCGCGUUUCGGUACUGUAACCAUGACGUGGGUCACGCGAUUGCUGCCGUCGCCAUGGCCGCUGCUGGGCUUGGAUGGGAUGUUAAGCUCCUCGAUGGGUUGGGUUAUUCUGAUCUGGAGAAACUUAUGGGGUUGGAGUUUUUCCCCCAUUUCAAAAUUCCGUCUCGUCCGGUGAAGGGUAAGAUGCCCGAGAUUGAAUUCGAACACCCUGAUUGUGUUCUUGUUGUUUUUCCCUAUGGAAGAAAUGGUGAACUUUCUGUGGAUUAUAAGGGUCUGAGUUCUUCGAUAUCCGAAUUCUCAAAAUUGGAAUGGAAGGGGAAGCCUAAUGUUCUUAGUAAAGAACACGUGUGUUGGGACAUAAUUUAUAGAACUGCAGAAGCCGUGAAGAAGCCUCUGACAGCCGGAGAUCAAUUUACAAUCCACCCAUUUCAGAGGAGCGCAUCAUUUUCGGAAGGUUCAUAUAAGGGUCUGACGAUGAGAGAAGUCGUUCGGAAGCGGAGGAGUGCAGUUGAUAUGGAUGGAAUUACUGUAAUAGGGAAAGAAACUUUUUAUCAAUUUCUCCUGCAUUGCCUCCCUUCAGGUGCUCGAGGGGCAGAGGAGAAGCAGGGGAAACAGUUGGCAUUGCCGUUUCGGGUACUUCCUUGGGAUGCAGAGGUUCAUGCUGUUCUUUUUGUUCAUAGGGUAACGGGAUUGCCGAAGGGUUUAUAUUUCUUAGUGAGGAAUGAAAAUCACUUCAAUGAUCUCAAACGGGCUACAAGAUCUGAAUUUGAAUGGGAGAAGCCGGAGGACUGCCCUGCUGAUCUUCCUCUAUAUAGACUUGCUAGAGGCGAUUUUCAACAGCUUGCUAAGCGUCUUUCAUGUCAUCAGGACAUUGCCAGUGAUGGCUGCUUCAGCAUAGGUAUGGUGGCACGUUUUGCACCAACUUUGCAUGAAAAGAAUAUCUGGAUGUAUCCCCGGUUGUUCUGGGAGACUGGUAUUCUUGGUCAGGUGUUGUACCUAGAACCUCAUGCAGUUGGGAUCUCUGCAACUGGGAUCGGUUGCUACUUUGAUGAUGCUGUCCAUGAGGUUCUGGGGUUGAAAGGAUCAGAUUUUCAGAGUUUGUAUCAUUUUACCAUUGGAGGUCCAGUUCUAGACAAGCGGAUAAUGAGCCUUCCUGCCUAUCCAGGUCCUACAAUUGAUGCAUGAAGGCUCAUCUGAUAUAUACCCAAACACAAUUGACAGCAUUUAUUUUUCUUCUACUGCACAUAUCGAGACAAGUACGGGUGGAUUAUUCAAAAGUACCAAUAAGAAAUUUUGUUCUGGUCAGCACUCAGCACCAAUAAAUAGAUUGUUAAAAGGGACUGGAUCCCAUGCUAAUGUAAAUUUGUUUCAUUUGUGUUUUCUUGCCUGUAUUCUGAUGAGCAUUGCCCAACACAAUCAUUGUCCUUGUAAUUUUCUAUGGAAAUAUUUUAAGCAUGUACUGCAGGUUGGCAUAUGGACAUUGUAUAUUAUUUAGGAGUAGACAUGUCCACCAAUUAUGAAAUUUCAGCUACUUCAAUAGUGUUUCUUCGCUUUGUA